CUGAGUGUGCACGUAUGUGACAUAUUUAAGUGGACAUGUGGAUUGAUAAAAAUUUACUGCUGGAUUUACUAUAAAAGAGUCAUCGAUUAGACGUAUGCAAAGAGGAAAUUAGCACAUGAAUUAAGAUUCCAACUUCAACUCAGUGUAUAUGUGUGUAUAUACAACAACAAAAUGAAACCUGGUAGUAACUCGGGUUUAGGGUUAAGGAAAGGUGCAUGGACUGCAGACGAAGAUAUUCUUCUGAAGAACUAUAUUGAGAAAUACGGCGAAGGGAAAUGGCAUAUCGUUCCUCUGAAAGCAGGGUUAAACAGGUGCAGGAAGAGUUGUAGGCUUCGGUGGUUAAACUAUUUGAGGCCAAACAUAAAAAGAGGAAACUUUGGUGAAGAUGAAGUUGAUCUCAUACUCAGACUUCAUAAGCUAUUAGGAAACAGGUGGUCAUUAAUUGCGGGAAGAAUACCAGGGAGAACUGCUAAUGACGUGAAGAAUUACUGGAACACUCGUACUCGACUUCGUUCCAAACCACAAAAGAAAGUAGGCCACGAUGAAUCAUUACAAGACACAAGGAUCAAAAUUAUUAAACCUCAACCACGAAGCUUCUCCAAAACCCUAAACAACAACAACUUAAAUAUGUGUUCCGGGUUUAUCUCACCAUCCAAUCUACUUGAUCAUGAAACCGUUAAUGAGUGUUUAGAUGGUUUAUUUGAUGACCAUGAAAAGGUAAUUGACGGAAAAUUUGGUUGGUACUCGUUUGAUAGUUCUUCGGCAGACGAAAAGGCUUUAAAUGGUGUCGAACAUGAAGUUCAUAACAAUAGUUUAUUCGAUUUCCCGGUUGAUGAGCUUACUUGGGAGCUUAUAAAUUCAGAUGAAUAAUGAUUUUGAAGCAUCUCGAUGUAAUAAACGGAAUAAAUAAAGUAAGGAUGGUUGCUAGCCAUCAAACGUAACAUUGAA